AUGUCUUGUUACAAAAUUAUGCUUUUUAUCGGCAUCAACGAUAUGGUGGCUAUUACGGUAAAUUCGAUUAUCACUGGGUAUUCGCUGAUUGUUGGUGUUGUCUACUGUGCCGAACCCAACUUUCAAUAUUUUGCGGGAGCCAUCGGACUGGCCACCUGGUGCAGCGCCUGUCUGGCCUGCUUAAUUUUGGUGUUCAAUCGUAUUUGUGCGCUAUGGAAACCGACUCUAGUUGAAGCCAUCUUUGGAGGGAAUAAGGCCUAUUUUAUCAUGGGUUUUCCGUUGGUCUAUUGCAUGUGGUUCAUCUUCUGCACCCCGCCGAUCCUAUUUUCAUCCCCACGGGAGGGCUGGUUCCUGUAUCCAUUUUUUGAAGACGCCCAAAAAUUCUUUACCGAAUCUGAAUGGAAAAAACUGCAAGUUGUCCAGGACAUGGUGCCGUACGCAAAUUUGGGCAUGAUGGCAAACAAUAUUCUCGUUGUUUUCCUUACCGUUAUAUUCUAUAUCAUCUUCUGCCUCAUCCUUCUCUUCAAAUUCUACAAUAAAACCUCCCAAAAGAAGACAUUUGCGCAGAAAUCGAUCUUUUAUCAAAGCGCCCUGAUUUCGGCCGCAAAUUUGUAUACAGCCGCUGUUUACACCUACAUGCAAUUUUUCCCGGUUCCAGCCACUAUGGUCUUUAUUGGACAUGCUGGGUGCAUGUUUUCCCAUGGAUUCCCGGCAAUGGUUUAUUUGACUGUCAACCGCUCUAUCCGGAUGCAAGUUGCCGGAAUGCUUGGUUUCUCGAAAUAUGGUGGCAGAAGAAUUUCCCAGUUCCGCUCGACCGAUCAGUCGAUGCCUUCUAGCGACAUCCGCCCCGACCAAAUCCAUCCCCGCUUCAGCCAGGUUGACAGUGCAAAU